CUCGAACUCCCAAAAUGACUGCUCCCCUCACUCAAUCCCUGCACGCCAUAAGCCGGGCAGCACUAUCCAGAACCAGUCCAGCACGCCUGGUAUCCACCUGUCAAACCAAUCUAUAUCGAACCCAAACACAAACACCUCGCUCAUUCUCCUCCUCAACCCGCAAACAAACCUCAACUCCAGCAGCAAACAUGUCCAGCGCUUUAAUAGACCUCGCCAAGAACAGGCGCACGAUCUAUCAACUCGGCAAGGAAAGUCCAGUCCCAGAUUCCAAGAUCGAAGAGCUUGUCAAUGCCGCCAUUCUGCAUGUCCCCAGUGCAUUCAAUACUCAAUCUACGCGGUUAGUCGUGCUCCUACACGAUCAGCACGAUAGGCUAUGGGAUAUCGCCAUCGAGGCCUUUGAGGUCCUUGUUAAGGCGGGUAAGAUUCCGCAGGAGAUCUGGGAGAAGCAAACAUUGCCUAAGUUGCUUGGUUUUAAGGGGGCAUAUGGAACGAUCCUCUUCUACGAAGACCCAUCACACAUCAAACCGAUGCAGGAGAAGUUCGCUACCUACAAGGAUAAUUUCCUGCCGUGGGCGGACCACACCAAUGCUAUGCAUCAGUAUUUCCUCUGGACGGGUCUUGAAGCACUCGGCUUUGGCGCAAACUUGCAGCACUACAGCCCGCUCAUUGACGCUGGUGUUGCGAAGCAGUGGGAUCUUCCCAGUGAGUGGCGGAAUGUUGCUCAGUUAGUCUUUGGGAGUCCUGAGGGUGCUGCUGGGGAGAAAGUGCACAAGCCUGUUGAGGAGAGAGUCAAGGUUUUUGGGAAGCUGUAGUUUAGAUAUAAAUUUAGAUGAGGCAGGGAUUUGAGUAUAGAGUUUGGUAUAGAUUGAAUUAGAGCAGCUCCCUUGC